AUGGCUUUUAAUUUCUGCAUGCCAGUGUUAAGACACACCAGGCCCACAGCAGUACUCUUCCGAAAGCAGUCCACUGAGUCUCCCACGCCUGAGGAAAGUAAACCCACAGUGCGUCGCCCUGAUAGUGAGUUGUGGAGGACAACCCAACAAGACUUUGGGGCAUACGUGGCUGAAUGUCUGCCUAAGUACGUCCAGAAGGCCCAGGUUGCACUGGGGGAGCUGGAGAUACUGAUUCACCCGGAGGGGGUCAUACCUGUACUCAGCUUCCUCAAGGAUCAUCACAAUGGCCAGUUCGUUAACCUGUCAGACAUUGCUGGAAUGGACGUCCCUUCUAGACAGUAUAGAUUUGAGAUCAUAUAUAAUCUGCUUUCCCUGAGAUACAACAGCCGAAUAAGAGUCAAAACCUACACAGAUGAGUUAACUCCCCUUGACUCUGCGUGCUCUGUGUUUGCAGCUGCUGACUGGUAUGAGAGAGAGAUCUGGGACAUGUACGGUGUAUUUUUUGCCAACCACCCUGAUCUGCGGAGGAUUCUGACUGACUAUGGUUUUGAGGGACACCCGCAAAGAAGAGAUUUCCCUUUAAGUGGUUAUGUUGAGGUGCGCUAUGAUGAUGAGGUGAAGCGUGUUGUUGUUGAGCCUAUAGAGCUGACGCAGGAGUUUAGGAAGUUUGAGUACAGUUCCCCAUGGGAGAUGUUCCCGUCAUUCCGCGAGUCCGAGACACAACCGGCGCAACAGGUGCAGUCUGGCACAGAAAACCAACCUCCACCCGAGAAAAAGUGAUUUUCGACUACAUUAGCUAAUUGUGUAUGUCAGGGUUCUCACUGGUCCUACAACUUCUUGAAUUUGGAUGAAAGCUUAAAAAGUCCUUAGAAAAGUCCAUGAAGUACAGUUCCUUUAAAGUACAAUAUCAGAAUGCAUUAUGUUUGAAUGGGCCAAUAAAUUAACUACCAGAAACGAACGUUAAUCUCCUUAUGAAGAUUUUGAAGGUUUGCGCUUGAACUGUAUGGUCCUAGAAAGUCCUGUGAAAUCUAGGAUAUGAUAUCUUUGAAAAGCCCUUGAUAAACUAGUGGGAACCAUGGUAUAUGGUUUUGAACAAGUGUGCUGGUACUAAGUUUGACAUUAACCAAACCUGGAAUACAGUCGAUAUCUGCCGAACUUGUCAACCCAUUCAGACAAGUUAAUAGUAUUUCUUUCUCUGACGUAUUGGAGCCGGAGUAGGUGUAUUGGGUUGUGUUUGUGUGACAGAUGGACUAACUUCCUUACUCCAGUGACGUUUUAACAUCACUUAAAGCAAACAUUAUCGUUGUGCUUUUAGAAGAGUGCUACUACAAUGUACAUAUUAUUGUUAUUAGAUCUAGGUAGAGCUCAUAUAAUAAAACAAGUCAAGAUUUGCCACA